UCGUGAGCUCGUGACGAUCUUCCGCGGGAAAUUCGGUACUUCUGUCUGUCGAGAGCAAAAGCAAAACCAUAAAACGCUAAUGUUAGCUGACUUUGCUGUUAUAUCCUUCAUGCAACCAUGUCAAAGAAGAAAGGACUAAGUUUGGAAGAGAAGAGAACCCGCAUGAUGGAGAUUUUCUUUGAAACGAAAGAUGUGUUUCAGCUGAAAGACAUUGAGAAAAUCGCUCCCAAGACAAAGGGCAUAGCAUCCAUGACUGUCAAAGAAGUUCUGCAGAGCCUGGUGGAUGACAACAUGGUGGAUUGCGAAAGAGUCGGUACAUCUAAUUACUACUGGGCCUUCCCCAGCAAGGCCUUGCACGCUCGCAGUCACAAACUGGAAGAGUUGGAAAAACAGAUUUCUGAAGCAAAGCAGCGGAAAGUCACUUUACAGAAGGCAGUUGACAAAGCAAAAAUAGGACGGCAAGAUACAGAUGAGAGAAGCUCUUUGCUGAAGGAGCUGCAGGCACUGAGAGAAGAGAAAACUCAGCUUGUAGCUGAGCUGGAGAAAUACAGAGAAUGUGACCCAGAAGUUGUAGAGGAGAUGAAAAAAAUCAAACAUUGUAGCCAAAGAUGCUGUAUCCAGGUGGACAGACAAUAUUUUUGCCAUCAAGUCUUGGACAAAGAAGAAGUUUGCCUUUGAUGACAGUCGUAUUGAUAAAGCCUUUGGGAUACCCGAGGACUUUGACUACAUGGAUUGACUAAUGGUUUUCUGAUUAUAACUGAAAAAUGCUUCAGCUUUAGUUGGAAGCUCACAAAUGUUCGUAGUUCCAGUUUAAGUUCUGUUUAUGUCUUAGGUUGGGCUUUAAAUAAAGACUGAUAUCUGUUUAAAAAGUCUAGUUUUGCUCUGAUGCAUGAAGUUUAUCAGUGGAUAUGUUGCAUGGCUGCAACCAGAGAAGAUGCAACAUGAGCCAUUAGUGACUAUGAGGGGUGAGGGGGUUCUUUGAUAAACACAACUUAGCGGCUUGACUUUUGGAACACCUGUUUAUAUGAAAACCGAGAGCACCAAGUUGAUGAUGGAAAGGAAUCUGCACGAAACACAUCUGCGUUGCCAGUGUUCUAAUUUAUAUCGUCUCAACAGAUGACUUGCAAUUGAAUGCUUGUGCACUCUUGAUAUGCCUUGAUAUUUUAUUUUUGCUGAGAGAAACUAAAAAUGCAGGGCCAUCUGGUGUGGGUAUGUUCCCCGUUCUCACAGGUACGCACGCAAACGUAGGAUAAUAAUUGAGACCGCAUCAGAACGUCGCACUGGUCUUUCCCCUCAUUACCACCUUGGAGGGGGUAAUGUUUUUUGUGCAGUUUGUCUGUUUCUUUAUCAGGUUUAUGCAAAAACUGCGACACAAAUAAGGUUGGAGGAUAGCCCAGCAUAGAAACAAUUAAACUUUGGAGUGGACCCAAUUCGGGAGUUAGAACCAGGAAUUUUUGUCUCUUUAUAUAACUUUGUGAGAUGCCAUUUUUCAAAAUUUGAAUGAAUUUCCCAAAAAGAUAAUGCAAAUAUUAGCAAUACAUAUGCCAGCUUUUUUUUUUUUCUUCUUUUUUCAUGAGCUCCUAAAAAUGCCCGAUCUCACAAUGUUAAAGAAAGUGACAAAACAAAGUUCCUGGGUCUGCUCCUUUAAACGGAUCCACCCUAGAAGUUAAUGGUUUCUUCUUCAGACCAUACUCCACACUUUUACCAAUGUUCAAGAAAAUCAGUUUUGUAGUUUUUGUAUAAUCCUGAUUAAAAUUGAUGCAUAAUACAACUAGUUACAGAGAUAGGAAAAUCUUUAACAUAAUUUAAAUAAAGACUUGGCAGGCUGCAGAUCCUGUCUUAGAACUAGAAGGCACUCAGAGAUUGCACAGUUCCCACCAUUUCACAUGUUCCUGAAUGCUUAAAACUUUUUCUGGAUCUAAAAUAUGUUCCGGAUGAAAUUGAAAAUAAAAUUCCUUGUUUUUUGCAACAUUAUCCAUCUGCUCAACAAAUUUCAUCAACAUCAUCUCACAACUUUUUCAGUUAAAUGUUUCUAUGUACCAAAUAUUCUUCUGGAUCUCAGUUCCAGAAUAUAUUCCAGAUCACCUCCAAAAUUGGAUCACUUAUUUGCUGGAACAUUAUCCAUCUGCUCACCAAAUUCUAUUGAAAGCUGUUGAUUACUUUUUGAGUCAUUCUGCUAAAAGUCAAAUAAACACUGGUGAAAAAUCAACUCCUUGGCGGAGGUACCCAGUUAUAUCAGGCAUCGUCCAUUUAUAGCCCUCUUUGGCACCUCCAUUCAUGGCACCCUUUUGGCAAGUUUAUUUUUCUCCCUCUAAAGUGGAGAACAGAGAUAUCAAGAAUUUAUUAGUUGCAGCAUAUUUUUUUGCAGUGUGUGAAACAUUAGUCACCGGUCUUCUACGUGGAGGUUCUUCCUACUUUCCCCUCACAGGCACCAAAUGGCAUUGAGGUCAAUCAUCGCACUCAUGGUCACAAAUAUUUAUUACAAUGCGUGUGUGACGGGAGCUAAGAUACCUGGAUGGAUGAGGGUGAAGCUGGAUUUAUAGAGAAAGUAGUUAAUGUAUUGACAGUGCUGUAAACAUGAAAGUACCAUUACUUUUGGCACAGGUAAACCUGAUUUAACCCUUUGACUUUAUGUUCUGCUAUCCUUCUGAAACUUGUGUCAAAAUGUCUAUUCUCUUUUUCACUUGCUGAAAUUGUAAGUGGUAAUGUUUGUAAUGCAAGAAAACAAAAAAAAAAAAAAGAAAUAAAAAUGUGUACACUUAAUGGUC